AGGGGCCGGGGAGGCCCCACCUCUGCGCCUUCCCCUCCGCUGAGCCUUUCCACCGGCCGCAGCCUCCCAGCGCCAUGGCCUUGGGCAGCCUCGUCCUCCUCCUGAGCCUCCUGGGGGUCCUGGGGCUGGGCGACCCCGGCCCCCUGGAAGACGUGGUGAUAGACAGAUACUAUAUCCCCAAAAUCUGCCUGCGGGAAGUCCAGAUGGGGGAUUUCAUUCGCUACCACUACAAUGGGACCUUUAAAGAUGGCAAAAAGUUUGACUCCAGCUACGACCGAGGGGCCACGGUGGCCGGCGUGGUGGGUGUCGGGCGGCUGAUCACCGGCAUGGACCGGGGGCUGCAGGGCAUGUGCGUGAACGAGCGGCGUCACCUCAUUGUGCCCCCCCACCUGGGCUACGGCAGCAUCGGCGUGGCGGGGCUGAUCCCCCCAGACGCCACCUUGUAUUUCGACGUGGUCAUGCUGGACAUCUGGAACAAGAAUGACAAGCUGCAGAUCACCACCCUGUCCAAACCCGAGCACUGCAACCGCACGGUGGAGAACUCGGACUUCGUGCGGUACCACUACAACGGCACGCUGCUCGAUGGCACCCCCUUCGACUCCAGCUACAGCAAGGACAGCACCUACGACACCUACGUGGGCACCGGCUGGCUGAUCAAGGGCAUGGACCAGGGGCUGCUGGGCAUGUGUGCCGGGGAGAAGAGAAGCAUCAUCGUCCCCCCGUUCCUGGCCUACGGGGAGAAGGGCUAUGGGACCGUGAUCCCACCGCAAGCCUCGCUGGUGUUCAGCGUGCUGCUGGUGGACUUCCACAACCCCAAGGACGGCGUCUUCCUGGAGCACCUGGAGGUGCCGGAGUCCUGCAAGCGCAGGGCCGUGACCGGGGACUUUGUGCGCUACCACUACAACGGCACGCUGAUGGACGGGACGCUCUUCGACUCCAGCUACUCCCGCAAUCACACCUACAACACCUACAUCGGGAAGGGCUACAUCAUCCCCGGCAUGGACCAGGGCCUGCAAGGGGUCUGCAUGGGGGAGAGGAGGCGGGUGGUCAUCCCCCCACACCUGGCCUACGGCGAGAACGGAGCAGGGGACAAAAUCCCCGGCUCAGCCGUGCUCAUCUUCGACGUCCACGUCAUCGACUUCCACAACCCGGCUGACCCGGUGGAGAUUGAGACCGUGUACCGGCCCGAGGGCUGCAACGUCACCACCCGCAACAGGGACUUCGUCCGCUACCACUACAACUGCUCCCUGCUGGACGGCACCAAGCUCUUCUCCUCGUGCGUGCACCGGGACGUCGGCUGCGCGGCCACGGGGCAGCAGGGUGGGGGGCGCAGGGUUUUGGGGCACGGGAGGGAAGGUGCAGGAUUUCGGUGCGCGGCAGGACCCCCCCCGCUGGGUCCAAGGGGGUUUCUCAGCCGCUUGGUUCUUCUCUGUGCCCCCUGCAGCCACGACUACGGGAGCCCCCAGGAGGUGACUCUGGGGGCCAACAAGGUGAUCGAGGGUCUCAACAGCGGCCUCCUCGACAUGUGCGCCGGGGAGAGGCGGGUGCUCAUCAUCCCCCCGCACCUGGGCCACGGGGAGAGCGGAGCCCGGGGGGUGCCAGGCAGCGCCGUGCUCCGCUUCGAGGUGGAGCUGAUCUCCAUGGAGGAGGGGGUUCCCGAAGGCUACCUCUUCAUCUGGCACGGGGACCCGCCGGAGAACCUCUACGAGCAGAUGGACCUCAACAAGGACGGGCAGAUCCCUGCCGAUGAGUUCUCCACCUUCAUCCUGACCCAAGUGGCAGAAGGGAAGGGGCGCCUCAUGCCCAGCUCCGACCCCGAGAAAGUCAUCGCUGACAUGUUCAAGAACCAGGACCGCAACCAGGACGGGAAGAUCACGGCUGAGGAGCUGAAGCUGAAGUCGGACGAGGACCAGGAGAAGAUCCAUGAGGAGCUGUGAGGUGCAGCCCCCGCUCCCCCCGGGGACAGGACUGCCCUUUGCCAUGCCACGGCCGGGCUCCCCAGGAAGCCAGCUGGGAACCUGCCCCUGCCCCUUGCAUCGUUUGCAAGGGGAAAAAAAAAACAAUGUUCCCCCCAUUAUUUGAGGGGUUUUUGAUGUGUUCCUCACGGACAGGAAAACUCACCAGCCCCCAGGUAACGCGCCCAGACCAGAAGGUGGGAAGCACCCACGAUCUUGGGCAUCUUGGUGCCCCCCAGGGGGGGGCAGUGCCUGCAUUUCCCCACCCUGCCCCGUGUCCGCCCCCCAUGCAGCUCCAGCAAACAUCUCCUGCCCUCGGGCUGGACCAAGCCACGCCAGGGCCACUCCCUCAGGCCUUGCCCCAUGUCCCCUCUGCUGCCAGCUCUGCCCCAAGCCUUGCUUCGACCCCUCUGCUCUUGGUGCCCCGCGGGGGGGUCGGGGCAGUGGCACCCCCUCCCCAGGCUGUCCCUGAGCUCCGCUCCCUUGUCCUUGGCCAGCGACUGCACCUCCUGCGAUGCCUCUGGGCCUGCGCAGGGAAGGGGGGAGCUUCCCCUCCAUCUCCUCGGCAGUAUUGUUGUAGUUUAGGGUUGGGUUUUUUGUGGGUUUUGUUUGUUUUUGUUAAAUACACACACACAAAAAUCUUUAAAGGAGAAGAGAAAUAAAGAGGGGCCUUCCCUGCUGGUCCCUGCUGCUGGCCCAGCCUCUGCUUCCCCUGGGACAUGGGCUGGAGGUGGCUCAGGUUCCCAGGAUAAAACCCCGACGCCUCACGGGCAUCCCCUGCUUCGGUGGCUGGGCCCCUUGGGACAGCUGGGAGCAGAUGAACCGCUGCCAGCCUGGAGAACAGGGAAGCCUCUCCUGCCCCGGCCCUCAGGGAGCAGCAGGCUGGUCCUCAUCCUCCUCAUCCUCCCCACCCCGCGGCCACAGCCAGCAGGGAUCGAGAAAAAUCAGCCCGAUUUGAUUUUGAUGCCUAAAUGCAGCUAAUUCAACGGCGUUCUCAGGUCUGUCCCAGCACGUCCCCAUCACCUUCCCGUUGUCUCCGAGAGCUUUUGCACAGCGUGACCUUGCAGAGAGAGAUUAAAAAAUGCGAGAACAGAACUGUGCAAAGGGUCAGAGUGAGCCCCUCUAACGAUGACUUCUAUGUGGCACCAAAUAAACAAUUUCAACUGGUUUCCAGAAA